GAGAGAGAGAGAGGGAGAGAGAGAGAGAGAGACCUGUAACUAAAGUAGACACCAUAAACCUGAGCUUACUGGCAUUUCCCUCCUCCGGCCCAUGAGGGUGAACUGCACCGCUGGAUGCGCAAAGUUUAUCCUCUUUCACUGAAAACAUCUCAUGGUUGCAGCCAUGGAGUGCCUCAAAGACUGCUGCAAGACGUUCAUGAAGAAGAAGGGGAAGGAGCAGGAGACCCAAGUGAUCACACUGAAGAUGCCUCCGAACAAGGCAGCAGCAUUAGGACAGGAGCUAGAUGAAGGGAGAAGGGUAGUCGCAGAAGAUUACCUACUGUCCAAGCUGCCUCCGGAUGGCAGAGAGGUGCCGUUUGUCCUGCCGACCUUCAAGGCCUCUUACAUCCAACCCAGAGGCUCCCGCUACCCCAAUUUACAGCCUGGGCUUCAGAGUUCAGCCCGGUGCACGUAUGCAGAGAGGAAAGCAGAGCUGCUGGGCUCCAGUCACUUCACCUACAGCCCCGAGUCCAGCUUCCAUCAGGGUCAGAUGGCGGAGUUCAUGUCACCCGGCUCGACGCGCCGCAACACACUGAAAAACAAAUACGGCGGUCCCCAAAGUCCAGGUUUGACUCUGAAGCCGGUCGUCGAGCAGCGAUUGAGCAGCUCCAUGUUUGAUCUGUCCAGUUCUCCAAAUCACAUGCAGCGCUUCGACUCCGUCUCCAGCGUCCUCAGCAGCACAUCCUCCAUGAUAGGCUCCAUCGAAAGCAGCCUGGACUCCAUCAACCUGUCCGGGGACGAGCGCGAGUUGGGGAAGGUGUGCGUCCGAGUGAGCUACCAGGAGGCUGUGGAGCAGGUGUGGAUCACUCUGGUCCAGUGUUCAGACCUCAACGUUCCUCCGGAUGGAGUGGAGCAACAAAAGAUUGGAUUUAAAGGGAUCAUCACCAUCCCCAAACCGAUACAGUUCAAGAGCUCGAUUAAGGAGUACUGUCAGGACGUGUCCUUCAUGGAGACCUUUGUAUUUGCGCUGCGUCUCCAGCAGUUGCGCUGCAGUGCUCUGGUGUUGCGGCUGCAAACACACAACCCCAGGAAACGUACGGCGGCGGAGUGCGUGCUCUCCCUACGACAGCUCGGCCCUCAGGAGACAGAGCACUGGCUCGACUUCAACCCUCCGUCCAAGUCCUCUGUGUGUCACUCCGAGCUGCAUCUCACCACCUGCUUUCAGCCAGUCAAUGGACGCAUCCAGCUCCAAGUCCUCGCCGCCCAAAACCUCCCAGCAGCCUCCUCACCACUCACCCAAGCAUUUUUUGUCAAAGUGGAGAUGCACCAGUUGGGGCGGGUGGUGAUGAAGAAGAAGACCCGCGUGCUGAAGGCCUCGGGGGGUCAGUGUCAGUGGACGGAGACCUUCCACUUCCUCCUCGCUGCGUUAGAUCACGCCUGCUCACUGUCGGUCAAACUUUACAGCCGGAGCUCGGUCCGGAGGAAACAGUGUCUCGGACAAGUUCAGCUGGGAUUUGACAGCCCUGUCGGAGAGGCAGUGGAGCAGUGGAAGGACACGAUGGCUCACCCAGAGAAAGUGGUGUCUGCGUGGCACAGGCUGAGCCCUGCCUAAACCUCCUAAAUUCCUCUUUGGGCACUACGAGACGUGACGCUCCCAUGCUGCAGGUACAGCGGUGCCUGCUUGCUUUUCCAGUCGGCCGGCCACAGUCCUGUACGCUGGCUGAGUGGACUCUGAUGGACCAGACUGUAAACCACUGAACGUGGUCUGAAUGGCCUGGGAGACCCGGUUUCCACAGAGACAGAUUAGGUGCUCGGUUGUAAAUAGGGUUUUCGAACAAAGUACAUAAGGUUCUGGAAAAGGUUUUUAGGUGUUUUUUGUGUAAACAAAAUUAAGUUUAUUAUAUAGCUUAGCUUUUAGCUGUAUAUAAUGCUGUAUUUUGUAAGUAUAUCAGCUUUUUAGUCAAAACCUUGCCACUCUGUUUUAGUUGGAGAGAAAGUUUACAAGCAGAGUCAAUGACCAUAAAGUCAAACUUGCUGUAUUAAAACCUAAAGUUAUCAGUGUGUAAUUAAGGUCCAUCUUAAAGGAUGAAGCUUGUGAUAUUCUAUGUUUUUCUUGUCAAGAAACCAACCAGCCAACACUACAUUUGUCUAUUUCUCAAUACUUUCCGACUUUCCUAUCAUGUCUCUCGCUCUUGAGCUAAACCCCAUUGCUUUCUAAUGAAGACGUAAGGCUUCCUAAAACAGCUGGACACUGUAGUUUGUUUUUUUUACAGACAUUACUUAAACCUGUAAUAACUUGUUUUUUGGCCACUUGGAGGCAGCAGAAGCAAUUUGUGAUCACAGCACUUACAUAUCACCACUUUUUAAGUUGAUAUGGGAACUUAUAGCAAACAGCUGUGAACAUAAGUCCAAUAUUAACACUCUUUUAUUAACUAACUUUUAACUUUUUAGUCCCUACCAACUUGUUUGGGAACUAUCUGGCUCUUUAGCUGCUGAAUGCGCUGCUAUGUUCAUCAGCUAGUUGCUAACUGUGUCUGAAUAGAGCUCUAUUGUACAGAGAAAUUAGCAAUAUUAGGCUUAGGAUACACAGACUUGUUGAAUCAAUUCACUGUUGGUUUUGGUCUUUUUCUGGUAUUUCUUGACAAUAAGAAAAAUAUCUCUCUACUUAUCCUUUAAUUUCCUAUAAGGUGAGAUAGAAGGUUUUCCCUUACCCUAAUUUAACUAUAUAGGAUAUCAUGUUACUGUACAAUACAACAGUAUCAAACCUUAGCUGUACGCUUUUGAUAGUGAAGCACUUUAAUUUUUUUAUGUAUUUAAUGUUUUAAAGUUAAGUGAUUAAAAGUAGGUGUCAUUUGGAAA